UUGAAUUAAAGAAAUUGUGGAUGUCUUCCGGUAUUAUAAAUCAUAUAAUGUUAUUUUUUCUCAAUUGUAAAAUUGGGGGCAAAAAUAGAAAAAUACAGAGACUCCAGAACAAUCUGGUUAGAAUAAAUUGAAAUAGUUACAGGGACAAAAUUGAAUUAAGAGCUGAACUGUCGCUUGCAUUGCUCUGCAAUUCUACACCAGUUAUCGUCCUCGUCCUCCGCCUGUAAAACAAUAAAUUUAUUCCCUCACCUUUAUUGCAUGCGCUCACUUCUUACAAGGAAAGGAAAGAGGGGAAAGUGCGUAAGUAUUUUUCAGCGCGAUUCAUUUGGCCUUUUCUUUACCCUAGUUUAGUGAUGGCCAGGGCUGCAACAUCAUCUUGAAGCGAAUCUUGCUUCCGCGAGCGUACUGAGUUGGUGAUGGACAGUUAUAAGGUCACUGCCCUGUUGAAAAGAGCCACCGAGACCAAAGACAUACAUCUAGGAAGACUCAUACACGCAUUCCUUAUCAAGACUGCAUAUCAGUGUAUGCCCAGUUCGGACGCUAACAGAAGACCUCCAAACACUCCCAACAGAUGGAACAGAGAAGACCGGCGCGAAGUUAUAAUACGAGAAGACCAGCGCGAAGUUACAAUCCGAGAAGACCAGCGCGAAAAUACACUACGAGAAGACCAGCGCGAAAAUACUUCACCAUCGGAAUUGGCUUGAAAGCCUGUUCCGGUAUAGAAGCUGCUGAAAAAGGCGAACAGACUCUCGCCCGUGAUGUAAAAAUCGGAUUAGAAGGCGAGGUCUUUAUAACAAGCGCUGUAGCGGACAUGCAUGCGAACCGGGGAAAGAGGAAGGAUGUACGCAAUCUGUUUGAGAAAAUGCCCCAGUGCGUCGAGGUGCCAUGGAAAAGUCACAGGGAUGUGGGAUUCGUUUGUCUGAAGAAGGGAGAAGUCAAGAGGAUGAAUGGGCACCCUUUAGCUUUGACCAGGGCUUGUUCGAUUUCAGCAGCUUCGGAACAAGUAUAUAUAGGUUAUGCAUAUUUUACUUCUAUGGAUGGAGAUUAUGGAGUCACACCAAGAAUAAAUUACUGUAAUUGCAUGGUUGGCCUUCUUUCCUGGGCAGGACAACUGACUGAUGCAGAAACUCUAAUCAAGGAAAUGCCAUUUUCUCUUGAUAUAGUUGUGUGGCCGACCUUACCUGGUGCCUGCACAAUCCUUGGCAAUCCAGAGUUUGGAGCUCCAAUGGCACAACACAUCUUUGAGUUGGAUCCACAAGCUGAUAUAUCAUUUGGGAUGCUAUCUAGUAACUAUGUUGGAUUUAGCAUACUGGAUGAAGUAGCAGAAGUGAGGAAACUGAUUAAUGAUCGGAGGGUUAGAAGGGCGGCAGGGUACAGCUGGAAUGAAGUGAAUGGCAAGUCGCAUCUCUUUAUGGUUGGGGGACCCCUCGAUGCUGCAAAUGGAUGAAAUGCACGUGAAGAUGGAAAGAUUGACAGAAGAAAUCGAGGAAGCAGGGUACAUGCCUGAUACGAAGUAUAUGCUUCAGAUAGUUGGAAUGGGUAAGAAGGAUUGCUAUCUUACCAAUCAUAGUAAAAAUCUAGCGAUUGCUUUUGGGUUCACAAACACCUCUGCAUGACUAUAUUUCAGCGCGAUUUAGUUUACACCGCCGCCAAAGUGGAAUGAGUUCCUCCUGGACCCUCAAAUGAUUUGCGUUGCAACGUCUUUAAGACUAUGAGCGAUGUUUUUCAAUGAAUUUUUCAAGAGAUGCCUUUCCUGGAAUUGCUUAUCUUCUCUUUUGUUACCCUUUCAGAAAUGACAUUUUCCACUUUCCAAAGUAUUAGGAGAUUCAAAUUUUCUGAAGGAGCAGAAUAUAAUGGAGUAUUUUUUAUUGCCAAA